GGACAUAUUGUUCGUAACUGGAAGGUGAGAUGGUUCGUUCUGCUUCAGGAUAAGCUGCUGUAUUACAAAAUUGAAGGAGGCAAGAAGGAGCCCUCUCCAAAGGGCAGGAUCCUUUUGGACGGCUGCACUAUUACAUGUCCAUGCCUGGAAUAUGAGAACAGACCGCUACUCAUCAAACUCAAGACAAAAACCAACACAGACUAUUUCCUUGAAUGUUGCUCCAGGGAGGAGCGAGACUCUUGGGCUUUGGACAUCACUGGAGCUAUCCAUGCUGGUCACCCAGUGCAGGUAGAAGAGCUUCACAGAAAGAAGAACUCUUUCAAACUGAUAGAGAAUAUCAGCCUCCACCACAUAGUGGAGAGGAUGUAUGACAACAGUACUGGAAUUAAGCUGACCUGCAACUUGGAGCAAGGCAACAGAUACAAAGAGACCUUCACAGGUUCUGCCCUGGUGGACUGGCUCAUCUCCAAUAGCUUUGCUGUGUCACGAUUUGAGGCCGUCACCUUGGCAUCCAUGCUGAUGGAGGAGAACUUCAUCAAGGCGGUGGGAGCCCACAGCAUUGAGGCCAUGCGCUACAGUGACCUCUCUGAGCAGUUCCUUGACAACUCCACUGCUCUGUACAUGUUUGCUGAGAGCAGUAGGAAAAAUAUAAGUUCCAAAGAAGAGCUACAAUUUAAUGUCUCUGAAUUAAGCGGCACAAUUGUGAAGCAAGGAUUCUUAGUGAAACAGGGGCACAAGAGGAAAAACUGGAAGGUGAGGAGAUUUGUUUUGAGAGCUGAUCCUGCAUUUUUGCACUACUAUGACCCCACUAAGGAAGAAAACAGGCCAGUAGGUGGAUUUUCUCUUCGUGGCUGUCUUGUCUCAGCUCUGGAGGACAACGGAGUCCCAGCAGGAGUGAAGGGCAACGUGCAAGGCAACCUUUUCAAAAUCAUCACCAAAAAUGACAUUCAUUAUUAUAUCCAGGCCAGCUCCAAGGCAGAGCGAACACAGUGGAUUGAGGCAAUCAAACCACUGACAUGAGGUGCACUCCGUGCCAAAUAACAAGUCACAUUUGUGACCAAGUUUCCUGCUCUCGUUGUCUGGGAGUG